UAGCACAGUUCUUGUCAAAAAUAUAUGAUAUGGUGACACUGUCUUAUUUGAGAAAAAGAGCCAUGUUGAUUCUGGCUUUUCACAUGUUUGCAGCAAAAAGGGUUUUCUAAAGUUUGAUUCUUUUUCAUUGAAUCUCUUACUUUGGAAUCAUCAAUUCAAAUGGGGGUGUAAAAUUCAUAGUGAAGAAUAAGAAUAAGAAUUAGAAACCAUUUGAGGUGUUUGAUUUGAUGUGAUGUUGGCAAUGUCUUUGUGUUAUCAAUCACAAACAUUAUUUGGUUUUGUAAGUAUUCUUAAUCCUAAUCUUAAUCCUAGAUACUUGUGCAAGUCAAGGUCAUGGAAAGUUCUAUCUACACCCCCAUCUUCAGUUAUAUUGAAUGCAGAUGAAAGUGGUAAAUUUUCAAAGAACCUUGUUGGUUCUGUAAGGAAUGAUUCUGUUAGUCCUUUUGGUUAUCAAGGAACUACUGUUGGCAUAAUUGGAGGCAUGUCUGUUGAUGCAACUCUCAAUUUUCUAAGAAAGCUUGUGGAGUUGAGUUCACAAGAUGGACAAAAUCCUAUUCCUUUUUUGCUUUGUUCUGAUCCAAUUUUGAACAAGGAGCUUCUUUCUUAUGAAAGGAGUUUGGAAAGUUUUAAAGUUGAUUCUUCUCAGAUUGUGCAGAGUCUUAGAAAUAAGAGGGUUUUUCUCGAGAAUUCCGGGGCGCGUUGUAUAGUUAUGCCUUGUAAUGUUUCACAUUCUUGGUAUGAACAAGUAUCCAUAGGUUGUUCUGUUCCUUUUCUUCAUAUGGCUGAGUGUGUUGCAAAGGAGCUUAAGGAAGCUAAGUUAAAGCCACUUGAAGCUGGUAGUCCUUUGAGGAUUGGAGUGCUUGCAACAAAUGCAACUCUAGCAGCUGGUUUUUAUAAGGAGAAGCUUCAAAAUGAAGGCUUUGAGGUUAUCCUGCCAGAUAGAGCAACUAUGGAGCAUACAGUGAUACCUGCGACUGAAGCUUUGAGCCGAAAGGACAUGGAAGGGGCAUGCAAUCUAUUGAGAAUUGCGCUUCAAGUUCUUUUGGUGAGGGCAGUUAAUUUUGUUAUCCUUGCUUCUGAUGAAAUGCGAGAUGUCUUGCCCCAUGACGAUCCUCUUCUCAAAAAAUGUAUCGAUCCAAUGGACGCCUUAGCCCGGUCAACUAUCAAAUGGGUAAGAUCUUGUGGAGAUAAUACAUGAAAAACAAUUGAAAGCAACAGUUGUAUUUCAUUAUGUAUCAAUAUUCUUCUGAAUUCAUUGAUGUCCUGCAUUUCAUUAAUGCAAACUUUUGAAUUCACCAAUACUGUAACAAGCCAAAUAUGCAUUUUAUUGUUCAAGUAGCAUGAGUUCCUUCUCUAUCCAUCCAUGUUCAAAUCAAUUUUGUUUGAGAUUAAAGAACUUUCCAUCUUAUCUAUUCAAAUUUUACAAAGGAAA